AUGGCGGCCGCGAAGGCAGAUGCAAAGGCGGAACCAACCGCCACAGGCGGCGGCGGCGGCGGCGGCGGCGGCUCGUUCACCGAGGAGAGGCUAUCCGAGAAGCUCAAUAAGCUCAGCAGCUCAGCGGCGAGCAUCCAGACACUUUCGAAUUGGUGCAUAUUUCAUCGAAAGAGAGCCAGAAGGGUUGUUGAUACAUGGCAGAGGCAGUUUAAUAAUGCAACAACCGAUAAGAAAGUAUCAUUCCUGUAUCUGUCAAAUGACAUCCUGCAAAACAGCAAACGCAAGGGAGGAGAAUUUGUGAAUGAGUUCUGGAGGGUUCUUCCUGGGUUACUGAAAGAUUUCUACGAAAAUGGGGGACAAGAUGGAAAGAAAGUAGUGGCAAGAUUAAUAGGGAUUUGGGACGAGCGGAAGGUUUUUGGAACACGGAGUGAAAGUCUGAAGGACAUUCUUGGUGACAAUCCUCCUGCAUUAAAUAGCAACAGCACUACUUCAAAUCCUACCUCCAAGCCCUCUUCAGUUUCGAAAUCUUCUCAGAGGGAUUCCAGUCCAAUAAUAAAAAAACUGACUGUUAGCGGGAUGCCUGAAAAGAUUAUAACCGCAUACCAAUCUGUACUUGAUCAAUAUUUUGACGAAGACACAGCUUUAAACAAAUGUAAGAUUACAGUGGGUGUUUUGGAGAAGAUGAAUAAAGAUGUAGAUGAGGCUUGUACUAAUGAUAUCCAGCAAGUGUCGUCGCUGAUAUCCAACCUUCAAGAACAGGAAGCAAUCCUGAAGCAGUGCAUUGAGCAACUUGAAAGUGUUGAUGCGGCAAGGAUAACCCUGAUCAGUAACCUAAAAGAAGCCCUUAGUGAAGAGGAAAAAAAGUCGGAGCUUCUUCGCAAUCAGUUGCAAGUUGCUCGAGCAGAGGCUGAACAUGCCGUGCAACUAAGACAACGAUUUGGUGGUGCCCAUGCCAUUAAUGGGGCAUGGUCUAGUUCUAGUACGCUCAUGACCACUAUCCCGUCAGAGCAGACUGCUGCGAUGAUGCAGAAUGCAGCAAUAAGCCCAAUAACUCCCCAGUUUCAACCACCACAUCCAGCAAUCCCGCUUUCCGCCACAGCCAGUGCUGCAGAUGAUGAGCCCAAGAAAACGGCAGCAGCUAUGGCAGAUAAACUUGCAUCUUUGGCAUCUCCGGAGCAGGUGCUCUCCUCCAUUUUGGCCUCCCUUGCUGCAGAACAAGCUGCUUCCAUGAAUGGCGGCCCGCCUUCCGUAGAGCUCUCGGAAGGGCCUCCAGGCUUCCAGAUACCAAAGAGGCCUAGAAUCGAGAAUCCUACGCAAACCGGUGAUAUGGGUGCUCCCCCUUUCUUUGGGCAAUUGCUGCAGGCACAGCAGAAUGGAGCAGCGCCUACUUCUCUUGGAGGCAUGCAGUCAUCGAUGCAGGCAAAUCAAGCACUGGGCGCAUUUGCACCACUUCCCCCUCCACUGCCACCUAUGCUGCCGCCACUUCUGCAGCAAUUCAGUCAAAAUGGUGGAGGAAUGUUCGGAAUGGGACCUUUUGGGAUGCUGGCCAGCUCUAUGCCACCUCCACUGCCGAACAUGCUACCUCCAGGUUUUCCAAGACCAAGUGGGCCGCCACCUCCACCUCCUCUUUCACCAGCCCAGAAUCAGAGUCAGACCCAGCAGCAGCAGCAAUCUCCACAGGCACCGCAGCAAUCCCCAACAUCAACUGGUUUCUUUCCAACACCAGGCAUUGGUUUCUUCCCUCCGGUUCAGAUGCAGCAAUCACCGUCGGUCCAGCGGCAAUGA